AUGGACCCAGACAAACAAGAUGCUCUUAACAGUACUGAGAAUUCCAUUUAUAGAACAGCCUUCAAAUUACGGUCUGUGCAAACCAUGUGUCAAUUGGACUUGAUUGACAGCUCUCAGGUUCAGCACGUCCUACUGCGUCAGAGUUUCUGGGAAGCAAAAGAGAGCCCCCUCUCCGUAAAGCAUCUUUCCCAGGCCAUCCAGGAGCUAUUCCAGGGAGUCAGGGUGGAAGCGCCAGGACAGGUGCACCCCAGAGCCUCGGAACUCACUCUGAGCCUUCUCACGAUGAUAUAUGACAGCAUGGGAACGGGUUUUCUCAAGCUCGCACCUGCGGCCGCUGCCCUGAUUGCUCUCUCAGGGGACAGCCCUCUUACAAAAUACAGAGCUCUUUUUCAGCUCUAUGCGGAAAAUAACAGGGGAGGUUAUGAUUCUGGGGCACGCAUGACUCGAAGGGUUUUGAGAAACCUACUAACAGAUCUACAGCAGAUCCCAGCCGUCGUGGGCGAGAGUCGUGCUCUGGGCUCUGUGGAAAGGGCUGUACGCAGUUGCUUCCGAGGGGUGCUGAGCCCAGCGAUCAAAGAAGAGAAAUUCCUAUCUUGGUUACAGUCCGAGCCUCCCCUCCUCCUGUGGCUCCCGACCUGCCACCAGUUGUCAGCCGCUGAAACGGUCACUCAUCCUGUUCGGUGUAGAAUAUGCAGGAACUUCCCAAUCACGGGACGGAGAUACCGCUGUCUCAAGUGUCUCGACUUCGACAUCUGCCAGCUGUGCUUCUUAUCUGGCCUGCACAGCAAGUCCCACCAGAAGUCUCAUCCUGUGAGUGAGCACCGCGUCCAGAUGUCCGCAAAGGAGAACACGAAGCUCCUCCUCAGGGCCGUCAGAAACAACCUGGUCCACAUGGGCUGUCGGAGGAAGCAAGCUGGGAGAAGGCAGUGGCUGCGGGACCGGGUGAAUCCAAAGGACACGAGUGACCUCGCACAGGCCAGGCUCCUCAAAAAACAGUUAAACCGACACAAAGACAAGCUGCGAGCCAUAUAUGCCUCCCAAGAAGAAAAAAGUUGCAGGUUUGAAAUAAAGAUUCAUGAACUCACAGCCAGCCAGCACAAUCUGUGGACCAGGCUACAGCAAAUGGGGCAGAAUUUACAGGCAAUGUUACAGCCACCCCAUUCAUCUUCUUCUUGUCAAAAUAUGGUUUCCAAGAGUGACCAUGGAAUGGGUGAAUGGUUUGGGAAGGAAGAAGAUUCUUCUGGGAUCAAGAAUGCCAUUGAGGAUGGCUCAGAAUGGGAACCUCUUUCUAACCCCACUGUGGCUGACAGAAGUCAACAAAGUCAAACAAAAGUAGAGGAUGCUUUACCAAAGUCAGAAUCAUCACAAGCCAUUUUGCAGCCGUCUUCAAUGCAAAGCACCAGGGCACAAAGCAAAACACGAGAGACCGCUAGGGAAAUCUUUAGCUCCUCCCCCAGUUCCCAGGAGGGACCACUGCAGGACACCCUCCAGAUUAAUUCUGCUGAAAUAAACAGUCCUAAUCUGGCACCCAUGGAAAGGAGAGAGACAGUUAACAUCCAGGAGGAAAAGGAUGAGCUGGAGGAGGAGGAACUGCAAGAAUUGUUAUCAGAACUUAUGGAUGCCUUCACUCUAGAAAUGCCAUCAGACCCACAGUCUUCAGUAAAUGUGGACCUGUAUUGUGGAGCUGAGCGAGUAGGCAGGGCCUUCUCUGCCCUUGUUGAUCAAAUCACCCUGGCGAACUUGAAGUGA